AUGGCUCGCUCAGCAGGCAAACGAGGCUUCAAGUCUGGCGCGCGUUCAAACACCACGCCUGCAUCAGCCCCGGCACCCUCGAGCAUUCCCGAACCUUUUAGGCUUGUUCCCUCCGCUCUCGUACCAUUUGUGUCUACGCUCCCAACGGACCAUGUCUACAUCACGCACCUGGACCGAAGUCCAGUAUCGGUCAAGAAGCAAGCCUUCCUUGUACCACUCAUUCUCAAUAUUAUAAUCAUUGGCAUUCUCUGCGUGCGAGCUUACUACGCUGCUCCAAUCUAUCUCAGUCUGAUUAUCACUGUCUUCCAUUACGAGACCUCUUACCAGGUCGACCCAUCUGUCGCUGACAAGGGCGAUAUCUUGUCCGCUAUCGUCUCAAGAACCUUCCUGAUGAUGACCGACUAUGCUAUAUUCUGGCUACUUGGGUCGUGGCCACGGGAGUUCAUCCUCGGCAGCAUACCGAAUCGCUUCGUGGGGCCUCUCGGGUGGAAGAUGAACGUUGGCUUCGAAGAGACGGAAGUCAUUGUCCGAAGAGGUAGGAAAUGGGAUAGCGGGCUUCUAGAGGGCGUGGACGACAGAAACAGGUCAUGGGCCGUAGACGAGGAGUUGCUGCUCAAGUUCAAAAUCGAGCCUGCUAUGCGCAAGUCAUACACAAUCAAGACGGGAUUGUCUUUGCUUGACAAAGAUUGGGACCUCGACUAUUGUGCCAUGUCGGACGCACACCGACUAGCGGCGGAUGGCAGAGCUAAGCUCGAAGACCUACAAGAGCUAGCACUGGUUUACUACCACAAGCAGUGGCUGGUCUGGCGCGUUCACGAAGCAAUAGAGUUGCCGGUCACCGACAUCGAGGGAGACACGAAGGUCCGCAAGUUCAGAGAGACAUUGACGGAUUUGGGUCGCGAGGAUAUCUUCUUUCGCUGGAUCGAAAUGAUCCAGUAUGAAACGUCGCAGCCAGGUGGCUUCGUGGAGGGCAAGAAGGCCGAGGCGCUGCGUGAGCUUCAACGCAUGCUUACCAACAAGGGCGUCGACGAAGAGCGCUUCUGGGAUGGAAUCGGUGGGCAGAAAGGCCUGCCAGGCUUCGAAGAAUGA